AUGCUAAACAAUGAUUCUGUCCAGACUCACAAUAGUAGCAACCAAGAGUCUUCAUCUGAUCCAGUUUUAAUGCCUCAACUUGCAUCAAAUCAACCCAGCAGUAAUAAUGAAGAGUUUGAUUUCCCACAGUCACCAAAGCCAACCAUUGUACUUGUGUCAAAAAAAAAUGUUAAGCACGCAUCAUACCAUGCCACAACAACUCACUUAAUAAAACGCCGUCUAAAAAAAGCAUUUUCUUCUGUAAGUAUUUUGUCUCCACCGCAAAACAGAUUGGCAUUUAUCAAUGCUGUCAAGACAGCUUGGUUACUUCAAAUCAAAAAGAAGAAGAAAACCCAAUAUGCUCCUAAGAAACAUUACAAACUGCAUAGAAAAAGAAGUGCAAGCACCACAAGUCAAGAAACAGUUUCGAGUCAAGGAUCCAAAAAUGGUGAUAUAGGCAUUAGCAAAAACAAAUUCGAUUUCCCUCCUAUUACAGCCGAAGCUCUUUCCGAGCUUUCCAUUCCACAUUUGUUCCAGAGCUUACAGAUUCGACACGACUUGCUGAUUGAUCCACACUUGACGUUUCGACCCAACUUGACACUUGAAAAAGCACAAGAAUCCCAGCAUUAUUGGCGCCGUCUGGAUCAACUGAUUCAAUUGUGCUCUUGUAAGAAUUUUGUGGAUGAGAACAACGAUAAUCACUACCAGCUUAUUAUCCUUGUUCGCAAUCUGUUGAGUGAGUUGUCACUUAUUUUGGUAUCACUUAUUUCGCCCUUUCCGACACACAUAACUACAUCCUUUGUAUGGAAUUGGCCAUCUUAUAUCACAGAAAACUCUAUCAUCGCUGUUUUUGAUCCUGAUGUUGUUCAACAACAACUUAUGCAAGGUUGUUUAAAUAUUCAUUUCAAGUUUGACUUUUUGCAUUCUAUUUUAAGCCCAUUGUGUCCUGAACAAGCAGAGAAGAUUCAAAAAUUAGUUGAACGAGAUGAAUAUGCUAAAGCACUUGAAUCGUGUUUUUUGACACUAGAGACUAUCAAAUUGGAUUGCGCCAAUAAAGCACUACAUUAUUAUCGUUCUAAUUUACUCGAGACUGGUACAAGCAUAGAAUGGAAUGUAUUCCUCAAGCAAUUGGAUAAUGGAGAAAUAAACAUAUCUUCUGUCUCAGACUGGAUGACAUGCUCAUGGAACAGGCUUGGAUCUAGUGCCAAAUUCAUUCAUUUUUUUCGCUCAGGCAUCAUUGAUUUAGUCACAGACGAUAAUGACACAAUCAAGGCUUUGCAGUUAUCUACCUGUAGCUUCCCAAUUACCUUCUCCUAUGAUGAAAAGAGACUCAAACAUCAAAUGCGCCAUGAAUUUCAGAAUAUUAUUGUUAUUGGCUUAUUAUUGAUGCCUUAUCGUCUUAUGGCCGGUAAAAAAGCAAAGCAGACAGAACUCUAUCAACUCAAAUCAACCUAUUCAAAGCUUCUUAAGGAUGCUUCCAUUACCAGUGGCCGUGUCUCUUGCUUCCAUUUAGCACUACAUGCUUGCAACAUGGUCAAACAACAGCAAAAUCAACCCAUGAAACACAAUGAUGUGAUUGAGCAAGCAAGGUAUUGGUCUAAUUGGAUGAAUCAAAAUCUAAGAAACACAUCACCCGUCUAUCAAGUCAUGUACUAUCGUGUUCGUUCAAUUAUACUGCAUGCUAUGACACAGGGAUCUUUUGUUGAACAAGAUAUACAACAGCAACAUGCUACCAUAGGUUUAGAGCAAGAAAUUGGCAAGUUAAGCGAGAAACUAUCUUUAAUAGCAGACUAUAAUUUACGUACAUUUGGUUCUUUGUAUACAUAUUUACUACCAAGUAUUCGUCACAAAGUCAUUUAA